AUGCUCCGGGGGAUUCGGGGCUGCUCUGGGGGAGUAUGCGGGGAUGCUGGCGGGGCGGGAGGCGGGCGGGCGGGGAGGGGCAGCAGUCCCGCGGCGACGGCGCGGCGGUGGAGCGGCGGGGCAGGAAGAUGCGGCGGGGCGCUGGACGGCUCGGCCGCCGCGGGCCGCUUCGCCGGCCGCGGCACGGCGGCGCUGGCCGCGCUCAUGGCCCUGGCUCAUCCGCCGUCACCGUGGCCGGCUAACGCGCUGGUGAUGCUGCGCCUAUGUGGCGGGACUCCACCUGCGCACCAGAACAACUUCUUUUUCCUCCUCAACCUGCGCCAUCUCGAUUUCCUAGUAGGUAAAGUGCCGCCGCCCGCGGGCCCCGCGUCCCCGCACGGACCGCCGGCCAACUUGGCGGCGGGACGGGCAGCGGCCGCCCCGGGGCUCCUCCUCGCCCGCACCCGGCAACCCUCUGCCCCACCGGCCCGCGGGUCCCCCGGCCGUGGCCCGGCUCCGCCCCCCGACACCCUCCCGCGGUCCCGGGGUCCCCUCCCGCCGCCCCCGGCGGAACGUACCCGUCCGGUUGCAGGUGCCUUCUGCAUCCCCCUGUACGUGCCCUAUGUGCUGACGGGGAGAUGGAUCUUCGGGAAAAGCCUCUGCAAACUCUGGCUGGUAGUUGAUUACCUGCUCUGCACCUCUUCGGUCUUCAACAUCGUACUAAUUAGCUAUGACAGAUUCCUCUCGGUGACAAGAGCGGUCGCUUACAGAGCCCAGCAAGGCAACACCAAGCAAGCAGUGCUGAAGAUGGUGAUGGUGUGGGUGUUGGCAUUCCUGCUGUACGGACCUGCCAUUAUCAGCUGGGAGUACAUAUCAGGCCGGAGUAUCAUUCCCACUGGGGAGUGCUACGCUGAGUUUUUCUACAACUGGUAUUUUCUCAUGACAGCCUCUACCCUGGAGUUUUUCACCCCUUUCAUCAGUGUAAUGUUUUUCAACCUGAGCAUUUACCUGAACAUACAGAAGCGUACCAAGAUACGCCUGGAUAUUUUCCAUGAAGUGCACAACCAGUCCUUCACUGAAGAGAUGGAAACGAGCCCAGAAGCAAAGCUUUCUUUGAAAUGCUCUAAGUGGGAGCAGAAGGAGUCAGCUGAAACCCUCGACCUCUCUAAGAGUAAAGCUCAAGCAACAGCCUCCACUUCUAGCCUGGGUGCCAAAGAUGUGCUGACAACAAGCUCGGAGAGCUCUGGGAAACCCAGGUGUUGCAACAAAAAGAGCUGUAAAAAUUCAGCAUCCACUCCAUCCUUAGAGAAACGGAUGAAGGUCAUGUCCCAGAGCACGACUCAACACUUCAGGCUCUCUAGAGACAAGAAAGUGGCCAAAUCCCUGGCAAUCAUCGUGGGCAUUUUUGGGAUUUGCUGGGCACCAUACACUCUCCUGAUGAUCAUCCGUGCUGGCUGCCACGGCCACUGCAUCUCUGAGUACUGGUACGAGACUUCCUUUUGGCUGCUGUGGAUCAACUCGGCCAUCAACCCUGUCCUAUACCCUCUCUGCCACUACAGCUUCAGAAGGGCUUUUAUUAAACUCCUCUGUCCCAAGAAGCUGAAGAUUCAACCUCAUGAUGCCCUUCAGAACUGCUGAAAGUGAAGCCAGCCCUGUGUGAGGAUGAGAAGGGUCUUGGUUUGAUACUCCACCAUCGGUGUAGGAAUGCAGCUUCCUUCCUUGGAAGAACCUGGGAGCUGGGAGCAGUGGUCUGGGGCAGGUGAGGAAGGCAGCAGGAAGACCACUGUUAAUUUAUUCUAGUUCAUCAACAACAAAAUCCCACAGCAUGGGAGGGUAAAGGGUUUGUUUUUUUGACAUUAACCACAGACCGUGAAGUCUGUGUCCGCCACUUGCAGGUGCCACAAAAGAGCUCUGCUGCCACCUAGUCAGGCUGAGCAGCACCAGCAUCUUGCUAAAAUAAAGAAAAAUGGAAACGGAAAAAUAAAAGCUAAAAAAUUAAUAUCUGACUUUAAACCAUUGCACUAAAUUACAGUUUAGCUGUUUGCAGACCUGAUUUUUCCCAUAAAUGGGAGUGUUUUUUCUUAAGAUAUUACACAGAGGAAACAUCUUGUUUAUCCCUUUUGCUACAGC